AUGUCGACCAAAUUGGGCAACAUAUAUGGAGAAAUUCUAUUCUCAGAUUCAGUCAUGCUUCUUGCCAUGGUCAUGACUAUAUGGGCAUUGUCUACCGCCAUGAUAUGGGGACUUGUGAUUCACCAAAGGAACUCGGAGUCGUGGAACGGUCAGCUGGAAAUCCGCUCUAGCACAUCGAACCAUCCGUGUUGCGAAGCUACCGAGCUCGCUAUGAGGCAUGAAUCGAACAAAAGACGGGGCAGACGUCUUUGCAGACCGCACCAUGCGCACCAUUCUCAUCGGUCAAACUAG